CACCCCAGCAAUUGAGAACAACACUUGAAAAUUAGCAAACAUGAAAGUCGUGAUCGCAUUAGUAUGUUUAAUGGCGCUAGCCGCAGCAGCAGUUGAAGAAGCAGACGUUGUCGUCGAGGCCGCUGAUCUUGAUGUGGCCGAACAUCGCAGACACGGUUAUGGAGGCUACCGUGGCGGAUAUGGAGGAUAUCGGGGCGGAUAUCAUGGACACUAUGGUUGGGGUCGUAAGCGUCGCUCCGUUGAAGACGAUGCCGUUGUCGCUGACUUAGAAACUGCGGAACAUCGACGUGGAGGAUACGGAGGCCGCGGACACUACGGUGGACAUCAUGGCGGGCAUGGUGGGCAUAGCGGACAUGGUGGUUAUGGUAGUUUCGGCCAUCAUGGCUGAGGCAAUCCUUCUUCAUGCGAAUUUAUGUUUAUUGUUCUUGUUAUUCUAAACUGCUAUUAUCAAGCAUUUGAAGGUAUUUCGAAAUGGCGCGUUAUCUUAGGUUGGCUGUAAAACCAUGUUGUUAUCGUUAUCACGAAUUAUUUUGAUUUAAUAAAGUAUUGGGUUGUAUCAA